AUGUCGAAGGGCAGCUCCUUGUUUAAAAAGUAUUGGAACAGCGCUCACUUAAGAGCCUCUGCCCUCCAUCCUAAAUGGACCAGCCAUGAGCACCAAACUUCCACUCUCAUCUUCAUCGCAAAAUCACACCCAUUUCAAGUAAGUCACGCCCUCACAGUCCACCGGAUCUCACCACCACCGUCCUCUCCCUCCACCACCACCUCCUCCUCUAUCACAUCCAAAACGACAAACCCAUUUCGGGUACUAACCACCACCAAACCCUCCAAUCUAUCUCUCAUCACUAGUACCACCAAUACACCACCACCUGGUUCCCAAGACCAUGCGCUCCUUACUCUCCUCCGCCAAAGAAAAACUGAAGAGGCCUGGCUAGUCUACACGCAGUGCACACACCUUCCCAACCCCACAUGCCUUAGCCGCUUAGUCUCCCAAUUGUCCUACCAGAAAACCCCCUUGAGCUUGACUCGCGCUCAGUCCAUUAUCCAACGCCUCCGCCAGGAGCGACAGCUCCACCGCCUCGAUGCCAAUUCCCUUGGCCUCCUUGCAGUGGCCGCCACCAAGGCCGGCCACACUCUUUACGCUACCUCCAUCAUCAAGUCCAUGCUCAUCUCCGGAUACCUCCCCCAUGUCAAGGCUUGGAGUGCUGUAGUAAGCCGCCUUGCUGCCUCCGGCGAUGAUGGCCCUGCCGAGGCCAUUAAACUGUUCGAUUCAGUAACCCGAAAGGUCCGCCGAUUUGCAGACCCCACUGUAGUUAAGGAUUCAAGGCCUGACACAGCUGCAUACAAUGCUGUGCUGAAUGCUUGUGCGAAUCUUGGUGAGACCAAGAAGUUUUUGCAAUUGUUUGAUGAAAUGCCCGAGUUGGGUUGUGAACCUGAUGUUUUAACGUACAAUGUCAUGAUCAAGCUGUGUGCUAGAGUUGGUAGGAAAGAUUUGCUUGCGUUUGUAUUGGAGAGAAUUCUUGAGAAGAGGAUUUCAUUGUGUAUGACAACAUUACAUUCGCUUGUUGCGGCUUAUGUUGGUUUUGGUGAUUUGGAAACUGCAGAGAAAAUUGUCCAGGCGAUGAGGGAAGGGCGGCAAGACCUUUGCAAGAUUCUGAGGGAGUCGAAUUUGGAGAGUACAAGUAAAAUUGAGGGUGAUGUGUUUGAAAAAUUGCUUCCCAAUUCGACUAAUUUGAGUAAUUAUGAGCCUCCAGAGUUACCUAAAGUAUAUGCUCCUGACACUAGGAUGUACACAACAUUAAUGAAGGUUUAUAUGAAACAAGGCCGUGUUACUGACACAGUGAGAAUGUUAGAGGCUAUGCGGCAUCAAGAAGACAGCACCAGCCACCCAGACCAUGUUACUUAUACAACUGUUAUUUCUGCAUUUGUGAAAUCAGGGUCAAUGAUCCGGGCACGUCAGGUUUUAGCAGAGAUGACUAGAAUUGGUGUGCCUGCCAAUCGGGUCACUUAUAAUAUUCUGCUCAAAGGGUAUUGCCAGCAGUUGCAGAUAAACCAGGCAAAGGAGCUGAUUCGGGAGAUGAUAGAUGGUGCAGGGAUUGAGCCUGAUGUGGUUUCGUACAAUACUUUGAUUGAUGGGUGCAUACUGGUUGAUGACAGUGCAGGGGCUCUUACCUACUUCAAUGAGAUGAGAACAAGAGGUAUUGCUCCAACCAAGAUUAGUUACACUACUUUGAUGAAAGCUUUUGCCUUGUCGGGCCAACCAAAAUUAGCUAGGGAGGUCUUUGAUGAGAUGUUCAAAGACCCACGAGUGAAGGUUGAUGUGGUUGCUUGGAAUAUGUUGGUGGAAGGGUAUUGUAGAUUAGGACUUGUCGAUGAGGCAAAAAAUAUAAUUCAAGAAAUGAAAGAGAAUGGAUUUCAACCAAAUGUAGGUACCUACGGCAGUCUUGCGAAUGGGAUUGCAGUAGCCAGAAAGCCAGGUGAAGCACUUCUGCUAUGGAAUGAAAUAAAGGAGAGGUGUGGGAUAGAGAAGGAAGGAGAGAUUUCUAAUUCUUCUCAGGCACUCCCACCAUUGAAACCCGACGAAGGGCUCUUGGAUACUCUGGCUGAUAUAUGUGUGAGGGCUGCUUUCUUUAGGAAAGCGUUAGAGAUCGUUGCUUGCAUGGAAGAGCACGGUAUACCACCGAAUAAGACCAAGUAUACCAGAAUCUAUGUGGAGAUGCAUUCGAGGAUGUUUACAAGUAAGCAUGCCUCUAAAGCCAGGCAGGACCGAAGGAGGGAGAGGAAAAGAGCAGCAGAGGCUUUCAAGUUCUGGUUGGGAUUGCCCAACUCUUAUUAUGGGAGUGAGUGGAGACUUGAACCCGAUGGAGAUGAAUAUGCUUCCGAUUCAGCUUAAUGAACAGACUGCCGGUGAUAAGCCGGCUGAAAUGUCGAAAUGUCAAUGUUUUAUUUGAAAAUUGAAAAACAUGAAGUUAUAUGUAUGCGGAUGUGAUUCUGAACCUGACCAUUAUGAAGUUCACCAUUCGAAUGUAACAUAGAUGUAUGAGAUGGUUUCCAUGACAGUACUCAUCAGCAGAUUAGCAAUUUGGACAGAGAGGGAGAGGAGUAUUUGAAAGAAUAUCUGAUUGCAGAUUAAGAUAGAGAAGAUGAAGAAGAAUGAAAAGGGUAAGAACACAAAUAAGAUGGUGAUUGAAACUCAAUGGUUGUAUUAUUCUUGUUUGAUCCGAUAUACUUUGUAUUUGUUUAUACACAAUGUAUGUGAUAUAAAUACAUCAAAGAGAAG